UGUAUCUCCAUUGAAACAUAGGGAGGGGGAGACUGAGGAUGAAUUGAAUGGUAGCUAAACCCUGCGCGUGGAAACAGACACUGAAUAGGAAAGGCUGGCAAUUAUUUUUGGCAAUAACAAAAAGGUGGGAGAGGGUUACUGAAAUCGAGGAAAAUAGCAAAAGCCGGGUUUCAGAGGAAUGUCUGCUUCCUAUUAUGACUUAUAUUAUUAUAUUGCCAUCAGCAUGAUCAUAAACAAUAAGUAAUAAACGGCAAUAACGAUAUCAAAACGAGAUUUUCAACAACAGGCGCGUCCAAACCCAUUUUGAAACCUUAUUAUCGGGGGAAAAUCUGAAAGCAAAGGCUACGAGCAACUGGAUAUUCUUUCAGAAAUCUUUGAAAAAACAGUCUAACAAAGACAACGUUUUGAUUGAUCUUUUGGGUUAAUGUGCGUGUUUUUGCACGCACACGAAACGAACCUGAGCCUAAAGCAAACUCCUCCUCCCUCCUCCUCCCUCCGUUUUCUCUCCUCCUCUCCCUCCCCCCCGGUCCUCUAUGCUCAGUUCGGUCUGUGUAUCCUCUUUCAAAGGGCGCAAGGGUGGGAAUAAGUCGUCCAACAAAGCAUGUUACAGCGCAGACAUGACUUGUCCGUCGGAAAGCGAGAAGAUCGUGAUAAACUGCGGGGGGGUGCGGCAUGAAACAUACCGAAGCACCCUAAAAACGUUACCCGGUACCCGUUUAUCUUGGCUUACCGAGCCGGACGCAUUCAGCAACUUCGAUUACGACCCUAAAUCCGACGAGUUCUUCUUCGAUCGCCACCCUUCUGUCUUUUCAUUCAUCUUGAACUAUUACCGCACGGGGAAGUUGCACUGUCCGAAUGACGUGUGCGGUCCGCUGUUCGAAGAGGAGCUGGCAUUCUGGGGCAUCGAUGAGACGGACGUGGAGGCUUGUUGCUGGAUGAAUUACCGGCAGCACCGGGAUGCGGAGGAGGCGUUGGACAGCUUUGAAAAUCCUGAACCGGACGCGCCAGAGGACGACCCCGCGCUAACAGGCGGCGCGGAUGGGGACCUGAAAAGACUGUGCAUGCAGGAGGACGCGAGGAAAGCGGGUUGGUGGAAAACCUGGCAGCCCAGGAUAUGGGCCCUUUUUGAGGACCCCUAUUCCUCCAAAUAUGCUCGGUAUGUGGCGUUUGGUUCCCUCCUCUUCAUCCUGAUCUCCAUCUCCACCUUCUGCAUGGAGACGCACGAGGCCUUCAACACCAUCUACAACAAGACGGAGAACGUGACGGUGGGGAACGUGACGCGCGAGGAGAUCGUCUACGAGGUGGUGACCGACAGCUGGCUGACGUACGUGGAGGGCAUGUGCGUCAUCUGGUUCACCAUCGAGGUGAUGAUGCGCGUCAUCUUCUGCCCGGACAAGGCCGAGUUCUUCAAGAGCACCCUCAACAUCAUUGACUUCAUCGCCAUCCUGCCUUUCUACCUGGAGGUGGGGCUGAGCGGCCUGUCUUCCAAGGCCGCCAAGGACGUCCUGGGGUUCCUGCGCGUGGUCCGUUUUGUGCGCAUCCUCCGAAUCUUCAAGCUGACCCGCCACUUCGUGGGUCUCCGUGUCCUGGGCCACACCCUGCGCGCCAGCACCAACGAGUUCCUCCUCCUCAUCAUCUUCCUCGCCCUGGGCGUGCUCAUCUUCGCCACGAUGAUCUACUAUGCCGAGCGCAUCGGCGCUUCUCCCGAUGACCCGACUGCCAGCGCCCACACCAACUUCAAGAACAUUCCUAUUGGCUUCUGGUGGGCUGUGGUCACCAUGACCACCCUGGGGUAUGGAGACAUGUACCCAGAGACGUGGUCCGGCAUGCUGGUGGGCGCGCUGUGCGCCCUGGCGGGCGUGCUGACCAUCGCCAUGCCCGUGCCCGUCAUCGUCAACAACUUCGGCAUGUACUACUCGCUGGCCAUGGCCAAGCAGAAGCUGCCCAAGAAGAAGAACAAGCACAUCCCUCGGGCCCCUCAGCCCGGCUCGCCCAACUACUGCAAGCCUGACGCCCUGGCUAUGGCCACUGCCUCUCCUCAAAGGAUCCUGGGAAACGUACUUGGUGGGGUGAUGGGGCCUGGAGGCCUUGCGGGGGACUGCCCUCUGGCUCAGGAGGAGAUCAUAGAGAUAAACAGAGAUUCCAAGCAGAAUGGCGACGCGGCGUCCGCCGCUCUGGCUAACGAGGACUGCCCCACCAUCGACCAGGUGUUGAGCCCAGAUGAGAGGAGCCCGGCCGGGCGUGGAGGCAUCACCCGGGAACGCUACCAGCAGGAUCGUGCCUGCUUCCUGCUCAACACCAGGGAAUUCCGCGCCACAGAUGGGAAUGUGCGGAAAGAGGCCGCAGCUCUGGCAGCCAGCCCUGACUCCCCCUUGACUGAGGAUUGGUAUAAGCUGGAAGGGUCUCUGUUACAGCAGGACCUCAAUGCAAACUCCACCUCCUCCUGGAUCAAACCAUAAGCCAACAGAGUGUUAAGUUUCUAGCAUUCGCCUUUUCUCUAAAGAAGACACUUUGAGUCAGUUACCGGUAAUCACAAAUUAGCGGCAGGAGCUACAUAAGAGCGACGUGUGACGCUGAUGAACAGUUUAAGGAGACCUUUGGCGUGAUGAGAGAGACCGGAGUGUAAUCAGAAAAAAACAUAAAAUCUGAUCUUCACGUUGUUACCAAAGCAGCCUCUUGGAACGCCACAAUUUUUGACGACAGUCCUACAGAUUUUGACAAACUGACUGAGCAUUGCACUGACACACUUUGGAGAGAAAAGGACUCCUGCUCUUACAUUCCAGAUGACACAAUCUCUGAUGCUCACUAUUGUGUACAAUGACCAAUAACUGGCUGCAGAGCUGAGCAACUUAGUGCAUAAACAAAUAAUCAUUCACCUUCAUUAAGGACAAACUAACAAUGUAGCAUCUCUGCUAACUCAACUGUAGCAUUUGUUGGCUGGGAAAUAACUUUAAGACUUUCUUCAUCGAUAGUUUGAAGAGAGUGAAACGGAAUCAUGCACUGAAUGAAACCUUUUUAGGUCAUUGUCAUUUUGUCAUUUUCCUCUUGUGUUCCGUAACGUUAAAAUAACUUAAAUUAAAUUGGUUACAUGAGAGACAAAGACAUAGGAAUCUGCCAAAGUAGUGGAAUCGUAGCUAUACAUCCCAAAAUGAUAUUAAAAAUAUAGUAAACGGCAAAUAUAUUAGUAACAGGCCAGGUUAACCGAAUCAUAGAUUAUGAGUGUCUGUCCUCCUGCCUCAUUCUUCAGAGCACAGGAGUUGUAGAAUAGUGAUCAGUUUUUACCUUCAAAUCCUGAAGUCUUCCAUUAAGUUCCCUCAGAUUCCUUCAUCCAAACCUCAGUGAAAUUAGAACAUGUGUACUAAUGUACACGACCAAGCCUAUGUAGCACUUGGAGGGGUCAGAUGGCUGAGCGGUUAGGGAGUCGGGCUAUUAAUCAGAAGGUUGCCGGUUCAAUUCUGGCCAUGUAAAAUGACGUUGUGUCCUUGGGCAAGGCACUUCACCCUACUUGCCUCGGGGGGAAUGUCCCUGUACUUACUGUUCCUCGCUCUGGAUAAGAGUAAAUUUACCGAAACUGUAUUUAUAAGAAAUAUGUGGGCCUGUAGAUUAUCCUUUACAGUAAGACUGCUGUGGCAAGACUUUUUCUCUCUGUCUCUCAUGUAGUCACUAGAACACGUGGCAUAACAAAGGUCCUACGCAUGCACUUGCUGAUUGACCUUCCUGUAAAGUGAUAUAGAGUAGGACUACUAUUCCACGUAUCCAGGACAAAGUAUGAACUGUUCCUGGUACUUGCUACUGCCUCAUUCGGGAACAAAGGAACAAGUAGAAAAUGUCAUGAGCGCAUCAGAGCUGUAAAAGAGGCAAAUGCUGAGUAAUGUGAACUCUGCCUCGAGAACCCCCCUUAUGCACAUGUGACGAACACAACUAUUAGUCACUUAUUGACUGACUGACUCACUGCUCAAAUCAAUCAUGAGUAGACCGAUGACUGACUUACGGAGACAGACCUCACUUCCUAGAGACUAUCUGCACAACUUUCUCCAUUAAGGAGUAACAAAGGCCUACCUAAAUUACAAAGCAGAGGAUACAUCAACCACUUAGACGCUGUUAAGACACACGUGUCCAAUAGCUGACGGUCCUCUGAUGGGACCAAUCGGGCUAAAUACUACCCCUGCCGCAUAUAUACUGCCAAUAAGGCAAAUACUACCACAGACACAUACUGCCCCAUCUCUGUCUUGUUUCCCUUGCCAAUGACUGCUUUAGAGUUUAGUCUAGCCUGGAUCAAGAUUGGGAUGGCCCUAUAGGGGAGACUGCGAAUGAAAGAAAAACUGACGGGAAAACGGACCCAGGAAACCGGAAGUGGAAGGAAGUGUACAAAGAGAACAAAUCUAUAUUUUGAUAAACAGAUAAAUUAUCCAUGGCUUCAGAGGAAGUGCAAUGGCAGAGAAGAGGCCAACACGCAAGAGAAAAUCAGUUGCAAAUGCCCAAGUAUCAUAGUUUGUCAAAACAGAGUCAAAGUCAUGAGGGGAAAAAGAUAAGUGAAAAAGUCUUUGGAUUUGACUGUGGGAUGUCAUACCUGUGUUCCCACAAGGAAUGAAAAAAAUGUUUUGGAAAAGACUAUGAGCGACCAUACAGCCUUGUGUCUGUGGAAUAAAGACACAGGGUCGACCUUAGAGGACGGACGCUGAAAUAAGCAAAUGAAGAAAAAAAAAAAAAGAAAAUGCAUUUUUGUAACUUUGUUUACCAGCAUGACUACUCUGCAUGACUGUCUUUGCAAGCCCUUAGAGACGAGGGUGCUAGAGAUACAAAAAAAUAUAUAAAAUGAGUUUAAAAAAAUGUUAUAUGCAAUUAAUGUUUUAAAAAAAGAUUAUAAUGAAAGAGAAGAGCUAUAUUUUGUUUUGAAAAAGUUAAAAAAUGUGAAUACUGAAACAUGUAUGUUUGCAAAAUACAUCCUGAACAAUGUUUUGUUUGAUGAAAUCUCUGCUACGACUGCCCCCGCGUUCUGCACUCAUUCCAUCAUGUUUCCGAUGCCAACAGUACAUUGUACUUGUUCAGUUCGAUCACUUCUUAAGUUCAAUCCAUCUUCUUCUGUAUUGGUUUUAAAUUUGUCCUCAUUCUUUCCAAAUGGAGCAUUGAAGAGUUAACAUGACUCUUUACAUUUGUGAGGAGCCCUGAUUCUUCCUUAUAAACUUCUGUACGUUUCACUCUCUUGAAUCAUUUGCACAACUACUGUAGCAGCGGCUCUGAUACAAUAGCUCUCCAUGCUGUGUGUUUGACUGGUGUAUACAUUACAAAAAUAUACAAAGUGUGCUUUUUUACUUUGGCAAUAAUAUACAAGUGUUGUUAUAUGAUUGUAGCAGGGCACAAUGGAUAACUUUAAUGGCUAUCUUCAACCCCUCUUUGUUUUGAGAUGUGUAAGGGUUGCUAUUCGAGGUGACUGGGUGAUGCUGGGAUAGGCAGUGCUGCCCCAGUAGCGCUCAGAGGAGAGAUGAUGGAAGGAAGAGUAGGAAGUCGUCCAAUAAAGACUGAUGUCUGAUCUCCCCAGAUUCUGCAUCGGUGGUAGAUUAAAGAGAGAUUUCAGGUUUGCAUGGAACCAACUGCCAUUCCAAAGUCGUGUGUGUUCUAAAAGGACUCAGGUGUGUUGGUAGUGUGCGUGGAUGUAGGUGGUUUGCUAUUUUUCUUACAUAAAUAAAUUCUAGUAUAGAUAGGAUAAUGUGAACACCUCCCAGUGAUGUGUAAAACGCAUGCAUUAUGACUUGAUUGUCGACCUCCCGAGGGGACCCACAGUCUCAACAUAUACCCAAGCUCCUUCGUUGUUCGUCAUGAAUCCAGUCCUGAUAUUAUGAGCACUGCGUCGUGUUGUAGAGCAUCAUCGUCUUCCUUCGAGAGACAACUGAACACUACUCACACUCGCAGUGUCAGCAUGAGUGUGUAGAGGUAGCCCGUCAUUGUUGUUAGGUGGUCAGGUCUUGCAUCCGUCUUAUCCAUUGAACGUGCCUCCAGCUGGUUCGCUCACAUCUGCACACGUCUCGCAAACACACUUCACAAAGACCCAGAGCUUCCAAACUGAUGUCAUUGAAGUACUUUACAUACGGAGAGAGAAAGUGAGUGAUACCAGUGGCCACUGUGCAAGUUGGUUGAUAUAGGAAUAUGUUGUUUUCACCAAGGGUCCCCCCCCCCUGUUGAGCAGGUUUGGCUGAAUGUAGACUCUCCAAUCCAUUUAUGGUGGUUAACACAGGUUUCAGGACCUGGCUGGACCAGUGUCUGCUUAGGCAGCUGUAGAACGGGCCGUAGUCCAUCCCUAGUAAUGCUCUACAAUUGGACUUUUUAAGACUCAAUGGCGUGAAAUAUGAAAAAAGGCUGUCCAUCUAUCGAGUUGGGUCUAUGCUGGUUUUACAGGGUCUGUAACUUUGUCCACUUUGGAAAAAAAUGGUACACGAUUUCAGUUACCAUUUUUAGAAGGCAUUAAGCCACUUAGAUUUUGGGGGUUGCAAAGUAAGUCGUUUAUGAAUAUUUCAGAAGUUAACUUCCAACAACAAUGAGCACACUAGCAAAAACUCGGUUUUACUGAAGAUUUAUUGCAUUAUUAGCACUAGACUUAUUCAUUGACUAUUGAGUUUGCCAUUCCCUCUUUAAACUGUACUUUUGACUGCCCAUGCCAGGCUAAAAACGAUGUCCUAACUUUUAUAUUGCGUAAAACUGCCAUUUGAUUUAGUCAUGUUGAAAAGGAUGAGUUACAAUGUAAGAGUGCUAAGUCUGUUUUAUCCAGAAUUAUACUUAGUUUUUUAAUCAUUUUAGUUUGUCCACAUUUUUUAUGUCCACAACUGGGUAUUGUGAAACAUAUGGACUACUUAUCAUAUUAGCAGUACUGGCAUAGUCCCCCAAAAUUAUAUAUAUAAGUCAACAAAGCUGCGUUUAUAAACAGUGGACUAAUAUGACACACCUUUGUUAUUAUGACAUAUUUACUACAGAUGCGUUGCCCAAAUAUACCUGGUUGUUUCUCACUAAGUGUAACUACUUUACAUUGUGUGCCUGAUGUUUAUAGCCAAAACACUCACAUAUUUUCAGUUGGAUAUAAUUUUGAAUUGAGGAUAUGCAACUUAAACCACUAUACCACUGCUAGAAUGGUCUCCCACCCAAGUCAUUCUGUAAACAGUUUAGGUAGUUGCAACCAUAGCCGUAGUGUACUAUGGUCAGUUACUCUUGACACAGUAACUGCACUAGAAGUGUGAAUGGAUAUGGAUAAUAUAUUGUAUAUUCCGAGGUUUUUAUGGCUGAAGACAUACAAAUUCCUUAAUACGGCAUUACUGUUACAUGCAUUAAAACAUAAAUUAUUAUCAGUCCUUAUAUUGUGAAAUCUCUCAAGAUAAUUUACAUCUUACAAAUAAGACACUCUUUAAAUUCAUACCAAUUGAGUUCAAAUUAUUGAUGAUACAGUAUGUAAUAUCAACAAUAUAUUUUCAGCAUUCCAAAGACAAUUGAGCAACAAACAUGUUCAUUUCAUGUGUCAUUUCACCCUAUAAAACAGACUUGGGUACUAUCGUUCCAUUGUAAUGUUCUCAUACUAGGAGGAGCAAAGAUGAAAAGAUGAGGUCACUGGAAUAUAUGUUUGAGACUUAUGCUGGAUUUUAUUUUUGAAAUGUUGGAACACAAAGAAUAAUUCAUCGAAAACUGUAUAAAGUAUAUUUCAAUGGAAUGUUCAUGAUCUAUCUUUUUAUAUUUUGAAAAAAAUAGAAACAUAUCAAUAAAGUGUCAUAAUUGAACAUAUUUCGACUAUCGAGACUUAAAAUGUAUGAAUGUCAAUGCGGUUUUAUGUGAAUCAAUCUCCAUAGCAGCUUGAAUGAACAAAUGAUUAAAAGUCAUGAGAUGCUUUUUCAAAGACAUUAAAUUGCUUCAAAUCAUUGAAAGGAACUUCAA